AUGCGGCUUCUAGGACAGUUUUCAGGGCUAUUUCUGUUUAUUUCCACUUCUCUCCUCCUCCUCUUCCCAUCCAUUCAAUAUGUGCGAUUGCAAACGCAGUCGCGAAAUCCGUAUCCCUCUCCUCCCUCUUCCUCCUCCAUAUCCUUCCCCACCUCACCUCCGGAGUCAAGUUUUGAAAACAGUUUUGUCAGCGAGUACAACGUUUAUGAGCCAAGAGAGGCGUUUCCUGAAACUCAGACAACUUCCCCCUUUCCUCCUCCUCCUUCCCCAUCCCUGUCACCACCACCAACUCGAAAGAGGAAAAUAGCCUCUCAAAGGGACGACAUUUUAGAGAAGAUAUUUCUCAACUACAAGACGCAUGAAAGACCCACAGAACAGUUGGAUACUUCGACAAUCGUUAAAGUUAACAUGAAGAUCCAAUCCAUCUUUUCAAUUGAUGUGCGAACCAUGGACUACUAUGUGGAUGCAUUGCUUCGACAAGCUUGGGUCGAUCCUCGUCUUGCAUGGGAUAAAAUGCCUGAACACAAAAAUUUCACACAGCCUCUGGUAUCGCCCAAAAUGAAAAAUCAACUUUGGCUUCCAGACCUCUUCUUUCGCAAUGGCAAGGAAGGUUAUUUGCACAAAAUGACUCUUCCCAACUACCUCCUUCGUGUCUAUCCUAAUGGUAAAGUUUUGUAUAGCCAAAAGAUCACAAUGCGAUUCGCCUGCCAAAUGGACUUACAAACAUUUCCGAUGGAUGUUCAGGAAUGCGAUAUCAACAUUGGCUCUUAUGGAUACACACUGUCGGAGCUGAAGUUUGUGUGGAGUGACAGAGCUCCCAUCGAAUUAAACAAGGACAUGCAAUUGUCAGAAUUUAACACACCAAAGGCGUUUGCCACCUUAGACUGCACUUCACAGGCCUCCACAUCUACGGGAAAUUAUAGCUGCCUUCUAGCCAAAUUCUCGAUUGCUCGCCGAUUAGGCUCGUAUCUGGUGACCACGUACAUCCCCAACAUUCUCAUAAUCAUGGUGUCGUGGUUGAGUUUUUGGGUUUCUGUCGAUGCUGCUCCUGCACGCGUUCCACUCGGACUCAUGACGCUCCUUGGCAUCUUGACACAGGCCUCCUCAUUGGGCUCCAACCUCCCCCGUGUCUCCUACAUUAAGGCUAUUGAUUUGUGGUUGAUCUUUUCCAUCAUCUUUGUGAUCAGUGUCCUUGUAGAAUACGCUUUGGCUAUCACAUACCUACGAAAGACGCGGAAAGGUCAGUGGAAGACGGAUUUACGUGCUAUUGUUCGUGAGGAAUUGGCACGAUGGUGCUCAGCAUGUCAACAAAAGGAGUUGGAGAGUAUGCGGGCAGCUGGAGCGGCUGUACCCAAGUAUCAGGCCGACUACUACACCCAAAUGGAGGCCAUGAUCGCCUUCCGUAGUGUCGUAGAUCAGUAUCGCAAAAGACGACUUGCUAGUGCUGGAAAGAACAUUGUUAAUGCAAGGAUGAAGGUUAUCACCGGGGUGACAGAAUCUGUCAUUGAUGCGUAUAGUCGAUUUCUCUUUCCUCUUUGUUACCUUGUCUACAAUGCAUGUUAUUGGCUUUAUUAUCUUGUUCUUGUCAAACACUGA